UCGACACUCAAGUCUUGCUCUGUACUCGGGGAUUGCAGGGGCGCUAGGCAGAUGCCAGAGCUGCAGGCAAGCAAGGUCCAAGUUCCAAACAGGACCAAAAGUAGCCCAGGCACCUGGCAGAAGCCAUUUCGGAGAAGAAAGAAGCCGCAUCACAGAGGUAAAACUCGUGCUUUUCGGUUGAGGUUUGAGCGAGGCAAGAGGUUUCCGCAAACGAAAGCGGGCUCUGCAGUCUGCGACAGAUUCUGAACCCAGCGUACCGUGUUGUCAGAUCGUGAAGGGCAUUGCUCGCGUCAGUGGUUGCCAGCCUCUUGCAAGAGCUUGCAGAAGAGUGCUGCAAAGGAUUUUAGGAGACCAACAGUACGAGCUAGGGUAUUGUGCUGCAACUAGAGCAGAUGGCCAUCGUGCAGUGCCCCGUUUGCCGCAUUCAGCUGCAUGAGCCGCCUGGGGCCCCCUUCUUUACUUGCGUCUGCGGGACAGUUCUGCAAUCUUCCUCCGUACCCCCUCCCCCAGGACCGCCCCCCAGCCUCUCCAGCCCUCCCCGUCCCCCACCCCACAACCAUUCCAAUGGUGAAUUUUAUGCUCCCCCUCCUAACCGCCCGCCCAGCUCCGGGAGCCGCCCUCAGUCCGCUGCUUCCGACCCCCCCGACAUGAGCUCCCUCUCCCUGCACGAUCGGCGUCCUAGCAGCUCGUCUAGCAGCGGCUUUCCUCCGCAAUACCCUCCCCCUCCGCAGUUCCCACCCCCGCCCCCUCCUGGCCCGCAAUUCUACCAGUGCUCCACCUGCGGGGGUUUCCUUAACCUGCCAGAUAAUCUCCCAAGGGACAGGAAAGGGAACCGCUUGGUGCGCUGCGGCAGCUGUCAGUCAGUGAACCGGUUCCCUGAUCCAGAGCCAGAGACUCCAGGAAUUGCUCCCCCAUUGGUGCAAGAACCGGUCCCCCCCCCGCCAAAGCAGGAAGAGGUGGCCCCCCCACCGAAGCAGGAGUUCGCGCCCCCCUCAGGAAGGAGACCCUUCGCUUAUGAGCAGCAGGAAUAUGGCACGGGAGCAGCGGACGCGAGCACAAGCCCUUACUCAUGGGAGCAGCAUGACCAUCCCCCUCCUCCCCCCCCACCAAGCACCACCCCCCCAGGGCCUCCAUCCCCCUACCCCGAGCGCCGUACCCCUUCUCCAGGACAUCAGGGCUCGCCAAAUUUUGGAAGCGGCAGAUCCACCCCUGAACUCCAUUACCAGAGCAGUAUGCCUGCGCCAUACCAGCAGCCUGGAGCCAUGCAUUACCAGUACAGCAUGCCGCCCGCUUAUCAUGAGGCGGCUGUGCAGCCCGGAGCGUACCCUGGCGGGGUCGGCCCGCCAGGCGUCGGCGGCCCUGCUCCGUUCGCACCCCAGGAAAAGAAGAAGAAGAAGAGCUUCCUGAACAAGCUCAGGAGGCAGUUCGAGGAGGAGGAUGAGUUUGAGCUGGACGUCAAGGUGAACGGCUUCCCCGUCCCCGACUCCCAAGUCAAGAAGGCGGAGCCUCGGUCGGGGCCCCUACAACCAGGCGACUACUGGUACGAUGUUCGGGUCGGAUUCUGGGGAAUCAUGGACGGGCCUUGCUUGGGUAUAAUACCGGCUGGCAUUCACGAGCUGGUACGAAACAAGAAGUCGGAGGCGGAUGGCGGCCCCGAAAUAAACGAGUUGCAGCGGCACUUCUCAGGGGGCACUACGGGUGUGAUCAUCAACGGCCGAGAACUCGCGCCCCGCGAUCUGACGGUGCUCAAGAGCCGUGGCGUGUCAGAUGAGCCGCGUGCCUAUUGGCUGGACAUAACUGGACAGCUGACAGACGCGGUGACCAAUCAGCCCAUCAUGCAGCUGGGCCACCUCGCGCCCAGCUUGGCGCAGGGCCAACCGGGGCUCGGCAUGCGCAUCCCAGACGAAGAGCUUCGGCGCCGCAAGCUCGAGGAGGUGCGCAAAGCCAUGCAGGAGGCGGAGAAGCGGAAGCCUAUCGUGGCCAGGGUCAGCUAGGGCUGGGGCAAGUGUCGGGCUUGAGCAUGGAUGCAUAUCUGGAAAUGGCUAUUUGUAUGUCCGUUUCUUUCGGGUUGUGGGCCGGAAACACAAGUGAGGGAGGUGCAUCUCGCUAUUAGAAGUCUGGCACUGAUACUGCUCGUACGAGGCUGGGUUUCUGAAAAGUCUUCAGGCACCGUCGAACAUGUAAUACCACAGAUCAGACGGGUCCUCCCCAGUCUCACGCACACGACUCUGUGUUAGCUUGCACGCUAUUCUUGGUCUUUAUCGUCGAUCGGACGGACAUCUACUGUAAAAUCCACGCAGGAAUAGGCAGCUAUACGUUGAAAUGCAAAAAGAUUGGACUCCUCGAGCCUGCAACAUGGUAUACCCGGACCAUGCGACUUAGAAGCAUUUGCGAUAUGAAGUUUAGAUGACCGUGAUGCGCACGGGCUUUGUUUAGAUGAGAUGGUCUCAGUUCGUAGAAGAGCUUGUAUUUUGUUCUUAAGAGUGCCUGAAUGAUCCAAGAAUUGCAAGUACC